AGGCGUCAGACAGCGCAUGCGAGUUGGGGACGGCACAAAGCAGCAGCGGCCAGAGCAGAGAGCGGGAGGGUACGACGACGACUACGACGUUGUGCAGCCCCGCCCGUGUGUGAUCGGCACAGCAUGAAGCGCCGAGGGAAGGCGUGUCCCGGCCGAGGCCAAGCCCGCAGUGGCGCGAAUGGGGAUUGGUCUGAGGGAACGGAAUUAGGUCACGUGGGGCGACGUCGGCCGGCGCGGAGGUCGCUGAAGUCCAAGAUGGCGGCUGAGCUUGUAGAAGCGAAGAACAUGGUGAUGAGUUUUCGGGUGUCAGAUCUUCAGAUGCUUCUGGGAUAUGUUGGACGCAGUAAAAGUGGCUUGAAGCAUGAACUUGUCACUCGUGCAUUGCAACUGGUGCAAUUUGAUUGCAGUCCUGAAGUGUUCAAAAAGAUAAAGGAGCUCUAUGAGACAAGAUACUCUAAGAAGGCCAAUGAUGUAGUCUCCACCGCUCCAGCACAGCCACCACACAAUCGGUCAUCAGACUCUUUGACCAUCCAUGCCUCCUAUGACCAUGGAGCAUCUGGUCCUAGGACUUCCCUUUCUCCACCUAACAUGGACUAUCCAGCCUUGUAUGGGAAACAUGUGAAUGGUCUUUCUCGAAUACCCCCCAAAUUAAUGACCAAGCCUGAGGUGCGACUUGUCAAGUUGCCCUUUUACGAUGUGGUAGAUGAACUUUUAAAGCCAACGGAACUUGUUGCACAGAACAGUGAAAAACUCCAAGACAGUCCAUGUGUGUUUGUGCUAUCGCCAAGACAAGUGGACCUGAUAAAAAAUUCAAGGGAUUUGAAUCCUGGCACCAAAUCGGUUCAAGUGGUCUUGAGGAUUUGUUACACAGACACCAGCUGUCCACAGGAAGAUCAGUACCCACCCAACAUUGCUGUAAAGGUCAAUCACAAUUAUUGUUCAGUACCGGGCUAUUAUCCCUCCAAUAAACCUGGCGUGGAACCCAAGCGGCCGUGCCGCCCCAUAAAUCUCACCAAUCUCAUGUAUCUGUCCUCAGCUAGCAACAGAGUAACAGUCACCUGGGGAAAUUAUGGAAAGAGUUACUCUGUGGGAUUGUAUCUGGUAAGACAGAGAACGUCAUCUGAACUCCUGCAACGUUUGAAAACCAUUGGGGUAAAACAUCCAGAGCUGUGCAAGACCCUUGUGAGGGAAAAGCUACGUCUAGACCCAGACAGCGAGAUUGCCACCACUGGAGUAAGAGUAUCCCUUAUUUGCCCGCUUGUGAAGAUGCGUCUUACUGUACCCUGCAGAGCAGAAACAUGUGCUCACCUCCAAUGCUUUGAUGCAGUUUUCUACCUGCAAAUGAAUGAAAAGAAGCCGACGUGGACAUGCCCAGUUUGUGACAAACCUGCUCAGUAUGAUCAACUUAUAAUAGAUGGGCUAUUGUCCAAGAUCCUCAGUGAGUGUAAGGAUGCAGAUGAGAUAGAGUUUUUGGUGGAUGGAUCCUGGUGUCCAAUAAAAGCAGAGAAAGAGAGGAGCUGCAGUCCAGUGUGUCCCAUUCUUGACUUAGGUUCUCCUGAAAUGGCAGCAAAGAUUCCUCCUCCCAGCAGCACAUUGGCAAAUGAGAAUGGGAAGCCUGGGCCAGAUGUGGUGGACCUAACACUGGACAGCAGUUCGUCUUCUUCAUCCUCCUCUGACGAAGACGAAGAUGAUGAUGAGGAGGAACGUCCACAACAUAAGAGACGCUGCUAUGAAAAUGGACUUUUAUCAGCCUCUUGACCCCUCCUUGCUUUCUUUUCAUAGACUUGUACCUACAAAUCGCAAACGGAUACAGCGGGGAACGGUGUGUUCUUCCCACCAAGACCUAUAUGCAUCCCUACUUUUGCGAAGUCCCUUUCACCUGUUUAACUUAAGACCUAAAAUGUCAUCACCUGGCAAUGGCUCAAUACUUCCUAUUUUCACUUCUGCCCGAUUUUAUUUUUCCCCCCUCUAAAGUUGUAUGUUUUGGAAGUGGGUCCAAGAGACAGACUCAGUGGGAAAAAACCAUUCCAAGCCACCUCACAACCACUUUCAUUGCCUUCAGAUGCUACUUUGAAAUGCAGAUAUUUUUUUUUUUCUUCAACCCGUUUCCACUUUAAAUGCGUGCUAUGGAUCAAUGAAUGGAGGAACUGUCCAAAAAUUAAAGAUAUUGGUUUGUUAUUGCAGGAUGUGAAUGUUUUGGUGUAAAAACCAUGGCAAAAAAAAUGUUUAAAAUUAUGUAGCUGUACAGAGGGGAACCUGGUUGACAGAGCCAUUGUGGGGAUAAAAUAAUUGGCCUACUCUGUGUUCUAAUUUCUCACCUCCUACCAAUUUAAAGGGGGUGCUAUUUUAUUCCUUGUUCUACUUUAGUAAUAUGCAAAAAGCGGGGUGUGUUUAGACUUUUGUGAAGUGAUAAUGAUGGAUGGGAGUGGGGAUUUACACAACGCUUUCAAUCAAACUACCUCUCUGCUGUUCAGGUUUUGUUUCUGUGCUAGUUAGGGGAAGGGGGUUAAUGCUGCUUUAGACUUUCUCCUCCCUACAGUUGACCCAUUUCUAGGCCCCCUCCCUCCAUACAUUCUUUUCUAAUGCCACUGUAAAGUAAUUCUCACCUUUUGAAAGACUCCCAUCUUUUUCUCUCUGUUCUCCACCUGCUUAUGUAAUCAUCUUUUGGUGGGAACGCUAGCUUUUGAAUAUUUAUGCAGGCAUGUGUUAUUUGUAAACUAUGUGAAUGAUAAGUAGCACUGACUGGUCCACAGAUUAUAUCCUGAUGGUUAGCAAAUUUAAUUUAUGCUCUUCAUUUUACAGUUUAAAAGGAUAUAAUUCUUCUAUAUUCAUGGUUAGGUUGUGCAGCUCCAGUACUCUAUAUCAAAUGCGGAUUAUUUACAUGGUCGACUUGGUAUUCAUUGUUUGCAAGAAUUUUACAAAACUGCGUUCAAAGUUGAAACCUUUAGCAAGUUGUUACUAUGCCCCUAAGAAAGUAAAUAACGUUCAUGGGAUGUUUUCCACCCAGGUCUGGCUGUAUUUGUAGUAUCCAGUAUCUUAGAGUUUGUCAAAUUGAAGAAACGUGUUCAUUGCAAAAAAAAAAAUUGUACUGGAACAAUCUGUAAUUUACUUGAAUUUGGUUUAUUAUAUGGGACUUUAUCUAAAAUGCAUUAACCAGCUCCAUCACUCUCCCUCUACAAACAGACCUUUCCUACCCUUUUUUUACAAACUUAUAGUUGCACUUAUAGGAGGGCCUUUGAAAUCAUGUAUUUUUUUUAAAGAUUUUCCUUUUUCAAAAUUAUGUAUUUCAGAAGAUUAAACCUGUUGGCAGCAUUAGCCAGAGAGCUUUCAAAUGUUUUCCCCACCCCAAUAAAGCUAAUUUGUGUAUUUUUAAUUAUUUACAGGUUCUGUAACCUGCGCCAUUCUGAGUUUUCAUUCUACCAGCUUUCCCCAGCCAGUGUUAACAAUUAUCAGGAAUAUUUAAAGCUGUCCUGAUUGUGCAAUUGGUUUUCAACAAUCAAGAGAAUACUUGGCCAAAAUUAGUGGAAGAUAGUGCAAUAGAUGUGCAGUUAUUUACUAAGCUACUAUGAUGAUCUCUGUCAACAUAAAUGUCAGAUUUUAAUACAUUUUUUAACAAACCAAGCAUAGAAUCAUGGUUUCACAAUGUAAGCACUAGAUCACAAAUUUAAAUAUGGAUAUUGCUUCAAGAUUGGUCUGAGAUGAAAAAGCUUUAUUGAACUGUCCUUUAACUGGGUUUUAACUAGGAAUAGGGAGUAAAGUAAACAGAAUCAUGUACAGAACCUACAGCCUGCCCCUUUUAAACAAGACACUGUUUUUUGCUUUUAAUUUUCUAGAUUUUUCUUGGGUUUUUGUUACUUUUGUUUCCCUGUGCAGAUAGAGACAGGACAUGAUGCAACUGGUUCAGAAACAGCCACAAUAUGAUGGCUACUCUUUAUUUUAUUUUAUUUUCUUGUUCUAAUUUAAGUGUUUUAAUAUCUCUCUUGCGUCUGUGAACAUUAUUUUCUUUAUUGGUGUUUUUUUUUUUUUUUUUUGUACAUGCUUUGCAAAAAAAAUACAUUUUGUUUUUUGUUCCCAAAUUUAACAUAAAAAACACAAAAAUAUAGUGUUUCUUACAAUAAAAAGAUUUACAAUUA